AUGUCGCGUCUCAACAGGUCCCCGCAAGCCUUUGCUGCUGCUGCUGCUGCAGCAGCAGCAGCAGCAACGGGGCUGCUGCUGCUGCUGCUGCUGAGUGCGGGAACUGAAGCUGCUGCAGCGCCGCAGCAAAGCCAAGACGAGGGGGACCCCCAGGGGGCCCCCGGGGAGGAGCUUGUGGAGCGCUUGAGCCCUAGCAACCUCGACGGUGAGGUCUUGCCAGGAAAAAAAGAACUGCAGCGCAGCAAAAGGUUCGACGACACUUUGCCCCUCACCCUUUGCAGCAGCUUCAACUGCAGUUUGCCGCCGCUGCUGCUGUUCGCGCUGCUGCAGCUGCAGCAGCAGCAGCAGCAGCAGCAGCGCAUGCAGCUGUUGGGGCUGAAGACAAUCUGGAAUUUGUUUGUUUUUGUCUCAGCUGUAUCUCCACAAGAAAAUUUAAAAAGGCUAAAAGAUGCCCUUGGCAAUUCUUGGCUCCAAGAGGCCCUUCGCGAGAGAGGCCAGGAGGGCUGCAGGCACCUGAAGCGCAGCAGCGGCGGCUGCCCAGCAGCAGCAGCAGCAGCAGCAGCAACAGCAGCAGCAGCAGCGGGAACAGCAGCAGCGGGGCUGGGGAAUUUGUCGACUUUGCGGUGCGACAUGCAGGAGAUAGCAGCAGCAACAGCAGCAGCAGAAGCAACGGAAGCUGCGCUGCUGCACGCCCGGGGAGACGAGCUGCUGCGCUGCUCGCGGCUGCUGCUGCUGCUGCUGCAGUACAUAGACCUCAUGCUGCUGCAUGCACCUUUCCAAAAAUUCAAAGAAGGCAAAAGCCCCAAAGAAGCUUUGAAGGAGACAUUUGCUCACUGGGGCCUCAGUCCCCAUUCAGCAGCAAAUGUGCAGCACGAAGAAUCCCGCGCAGCUUUGCUGCAGCUCCAGUGA